UAGAAAUAGUGUGGACCUUUGCCAAAUAGACACCUCUCUUCUCCAGCAUUCCAAUUCCUCCAUUAAAUACACAACCAUCUUCCCUUCUGCCAGCAUCCAUAUCUUGGUUUUCUUCUCUAGCUUCGCAAUCAUCAUUCUUGAAUUACUCUCUUCCAUACUACAACAACGCAAUUAAAUCGAAUGGCAUCGAAAAGAAUAUUGAAGGAGCUCAAGGACUUGCAGAGAGAUCCCCCAACUUCAUGCAGUGCAGGUCCUGUGGCUGAGGAUAUGUUCCAUUGGCAAGCCACCAUAAUAGGUCCGAACGACAGCCCCUAUGCGGGUGGUGUUUUCCUUGUUACCAUUCAUUUCCCACCGGAUUAUCCUUUUAAACCUCCCAAGGUUGCCUUCAGGACAAAGGUAUUCCAUCCAAACAUAAACAGUAACGGGAACAUCUGCUUGGACAUACUCAAGGAACAAUGGAGCCCCGCGCUCACCAUAUCAAAGGUUUUACUCUCCAUAUGCUCACUGCUUACAGAUCCAAACCCUGAUGAUCCUCUUGUUCCUGAAAUAGCCCAUAUGUGCAAGGCCGACAAGAUCAAGUAUGAAUCUACUGCUAGGAGCUGGACUCAAAAGUAUGCCAUGGGAUAGGCCCUGAACUCCACCAUAUAUGUUCUUGUUUGAGAGUACGAUGAAUUUUUCCAUCAAUAAUUAUCUAUUUGUCAUGCUACUAAUUGCGCAGCUUAUAGUGUGCUGAAAAAAAACAAGGAAACGUUACAAGGCAGUAGUAACUUGUAAUUUGAGUCACUCAUUUCUCGGACAUAAAUGGUUGGCCACUUCUGAACUUAUGGUUCCCCUUGUUCUUAGGUAAUGGUGUGCGUAAACUACUACUAAAUCUGCUCUGCAUUUGCAAUAAAUCUGUUAUUGAUGGUUUAUUUA